AAAAUGAAGUCGCUGCUGUUUUUUCUGUUGGUCAUCCUCUGCCUGGUCGGAAUGGCACCAGCCAGGAGAAAGAAAAGGGAGGUCGAGGUUUGGGUCCGACCAAGUCAAAAUUCCUAUAACGAGCCAUGCUACUAUCAAGGAUGCCAACAAUGAUCAUUGGAUCCUGAGUGUCAAUAAAGGCGAAUAAAUUUAUAUCGACUUCAUUAAUAAAAACUUUGUGAAUGGGG